AUGUUUAUGUCUAUUAUCCUUGACUUGAAUUAGUCUGUGAUUAUGUCUGAAUUUUGUUUAAUUGAAUUGAAUGAACGUUGCAGUGAUUGUGAAAAUCAUAAAAUAAACAUAUUACAUUUAUACAACGAAUUAUUUUACGAAUAUUUAUAUAACACGUACAUGUAAAAUGAAUUCAACAAUAUCCGAUGAUUUGACCCGAGAUCAUCUAGCAUUAGAAGCAGCAAAGUGUAUCGAAAGCAUAUUUACAAACAAUAAAAACGUUAGAUCUUUACAUAAAGAGCUAUUGGAGGUCAAUCUUUCAAUCUCUGCGUACAUAACCGAGAGUAAGCGACGCCUAAAAAAUCUCCGAUUGGAAUUGGCAUACGAAGCAAAAAGUUCUCAAAGGGUUGUUGAAAUAUUGUCUGAAAAAUAGUAAAAUGUCUAAAUCACCACAAAAACGAUGUAAAACAUCCCAUAUGAAUAUCAGCCAAACACAAGAUAAUACAUAUAAUAGUAAUAAAUAUAGUAAACGUCAACAAGCUAGGACUUUCAUAAAUUGGUAUAAGCGCAUGGUUGAUGAUGAAAGACAGAAUCUCUGCUUAUAUCUUGCUGAUGAUGCCAUUUUAGAAUGGUUUGGAAGAACUAUAAAAACCAGGAAAAAAGUAUCUGCAUUUCUCAAAUAUGAUAUGCAAUGUUCAAGACAUGACUUUACAACCAUAGAAAGUAUAGACAAGAUUCAAAUAAGACAGCAUAGGAUCAGCAGAAAAGAUGAUACAUUGGCUAGCCCACUUGACUCUCCUGACAUUAUUGAUUGCAAAAUCAAAAGAUCUGUUAAAAGAAAUCUCAAUGACAGUCCUGAAUGGGCAGAAGGGUGUAACCCACAAGAUGACCUAAAAGAAUCAAAUUUUGCCAUAAAACGUAUUAAGAAGCAUCAUGUUGAAACUCAAUACCCUGAUAAUAAACAUGAAGAUCUGAUAAGUCAAAGAAAUGGACUUAAAAGAGAGUAUACAGCUGAGGAAGGUGCAGAGAUAAAUAGCAAGGGUGAUAGUGUGCUUGGAAAGAGAGCAAAAAGAAGAUGUGUGCCGGUCACACCUCCAAAUUGUGAAGUGGGACAAGGAGAUUGUCUGCCCUCUACCAGUGGGACAGAUUCAGAUAGAUCCCAUGAUACACUUAAUGCUCAACUACCCAAACUAGCAGUUGAAUGCAAUGGUUACAUAGAAUUUGUGAGAUCUAGAAGUAAUAGGAGCACAGAUACAAUGAAAUGGGAUAGAAAGUGUAAGAUUCAAAUCAGUUAUUCACAAGAUCCAUUAAACAUUGGCGAAUAUAUAAUAUGGGCAUUGGUAUAUUCAGAUGAAAGUAAAUGCAGGAGGAAUCUUUUGGCUGCUUUUGAAGAGGCUGCAAAAAAAGAUUUAGAAAAUACCAAUGUUUAGCACAAUUAUGUUGCUAUCAAUUCACAAGUUAAUAAAACAAUAAACUGCACAUCUCUUACAACAGAUUGUAUAAUUCUAAUCCAGGUUAUUAUCAGUAGAUUUUAUCAGUCUUUAGUAAAAUAUAUUGGGAUCGAUUUUGAGGUGGCAUUUUUCAAAGCUAUCUAAAAAUUAAAAUUUCAAUUUGAUAUCGCAAUAACAUAUUUACUUAAAAUACCAAUACAACCUAAAUUUCUAAUAAAUUUAAGUAAACAAAAUAAAUUUUGUCUAUGACCCAUAAAGUAAUAAUUUCGCCAAACUAUCAUAUUAAAAUAUUAGGUUAAAACAUAUGUUUAAAGAAAUAGUGCUUUAGAAUCAACCCCACUGACUUCCUCAUGUAUUCAUAAUUUUGGUUCCUUUUGUGGUUUCAGACCUAUAUUUUAAUGCAUCUCGCCAAAGAUUUGUAGAUUUUUUAUUUCUACAAACAUGCCCCAUUCAUAUGACUAAUAAACAUGAUGUAUUCCUAUACAAGUUAAAAUCUCAUUUUCAUCCUAUUUGCUAUAACGAAUAAUGACAAAGUUAUUUUAUGAAUUAGGUUUCUUGUAAGUGGUUUUGAUAUAAAUAUGCCAGCUUAUCCUAUAGAUAUCUUGUUACAUACUGGCGCAAAAUAUUUUAUUGUGUGGGUAGGCAACAAUCAUGUGUUGCUAAAGAGAGCAGAAGUAGAUUAUUAAUUUCUUCCUAAUUCAAAAGAUUUUAUUUUCUCUAUGUACUUGCUGAAGCAUGUGAUAUGACUAGUUAUAUCACUUACAAUUAAUUUCUAAAGUAGGUUUACAUUAUGACUAUUUUUUUACCUUUAUGAAUUUGUCGAAUGCAAUAUUUGCUAGUGUCUAUUCUUUGUUUUCAAAUAAUAAAAGGUAGGGACCAAUGUUUUUAAAAAUUAAUAAUUUGUAUGAAAAAAUAAGGUCUUAUCAUAUUGAUAGAUUAUGUUGUAUUACAUUGGAAUGGUCAUAUUUUAAAAUUGUGUUCGGCUUUUAUAUAUAAGUUUUAUGUUAAGCUAUUAUGUUUCAAAAAUCUUGUUUGGAUUUUAUGAGGGCAAACAGGUUUUUGUUCAUGCUUGAUUCAUAAAUAUUUUCUGUGUAUGAAUGUUACACAUAGGGUGUCUUUACACUAUAGAUGACUGCUGUCUGUAACUUCUCACUUCGUAUGUAUUGAUUAAGUACAUUAGAUACGCUGUGAGCCUAAAUAACAGCACGAAACAAAUUCACGGCAUUUAUUCUUCCCGUUAACAUGGAAUUAAUAGUGAGAUACAUUAAUACAAAUUUAGUAACAGCAGUUUGCCUGUAAUAAACAGAUUCUUGCCUCUAGCGAGAUCAACAAAAUUUUUAUUAUAUCUACUUAACACCACUAUAUUUUACACCAUUUCCGCCUCAAGGUCCCUUAUUUAAAGAGUUUAAAAUACUUACCAAUUGUUACGAUUAUUAAAUACUGUUUUACUUUUAAUACCACCGACUUUUGUGUCUUUUUAUAAUUAGUUACAAAAGUUAGCCCUAGUGAGAUAGGUUUUAAGUAUUCUUUUAUUUGUAUGUUUUUCACCAAUAGUCGAUUUUAUAUUUGAAUCAAUAUUUGUGCAUGGACUCCUUGUGUAGUUCCCUUAGGGGGAACACAGUGGUAUAUAUUAAAUGUAAAGUUAAUUUGCCUGUGGCAACUGUGGCUGGAUGUAAUACGAGAAGUAUAUUUAAUAGCGAAACGAAAGAUUUAUUUGUAUAUAUAAACCAAACCUCAGUGAUUUAUAUACUCUUUGCAUAUAACAAUAAAGAAAGAAAUGUCAUCUGUUAAGGAUUACUAACUUGCAGAGAUAAUGGUGCUCUGAUAAAUAUUAAUUACUUUAUUUUUGAAUCAAGGAUCAUCUGUUCUACAAUUUUAUUACAUCAUAAAGGUUUUACAUCAAAUUUGACUUCUCACCCCUAUGGGAACUAAUACGACUGGACCAUAGACAUUUACUUACCGGUUACAACAAUAACAGAGAAUACAUGGGCUAGUACAUCAUCUGUAAAUAACAAUCCAAUCAGAUUUAAUAACUUAUUUAACUUACCCACUACAUUUAAAUAUUUGUGUAAUAUUUAAGUAAAACUGCCUAUACAGAAAUUCAAAUAUGAAAUCAGCUGUUACUUAUAGCAUAGUAUUUCCGAUAAUCUGCUUGUUUAGCAGUAUUAAUAAUGGAAAAAAUAUAUUCAAAUAGGAACUGUUCCCUGAGAAAAUCCAGUUAGGACCUAAAAAAGUUGUUGGGAGGAAAAUUAUUACUUAUAUGAAUUUUAAUAAGAUUUAGGUCUAUAUUCUUAUAUUUACAUUUAAGUUUUGUUAUAAAGUUACUUGUAAAGUAAAAUACAAAGAUUUUUUGUUUAUCCUAGAGAUGUAUAAGGCCAAUAAAACUGUUUAUGAAUAA